AUGGAGUUCAAAGGACACAUGAUUAGCACUAUGGGCUUGGGGAGUCCUGACUUGCAGGACUGCCAGGACAGCAAGCUGCAAGCAGAGCGCAUCUCAGAGCUGCAGGAGAGAAAGCAAAGCCUGCAGAGUCUUCUGAGCAGCCGUCUAGGGGAACUACGACAAGUGUGUCUCCAGGAAGCGGAGCUGACUGGAAAGCUUCCACGUGACUAUCCUCUAGAGGCAGGGGAAAGACCCCCUUUUGUUCCGCGCAGGGCUGGACUGGCACCCCAUGUUACCUCAAAAGGGGAGGAUGACUGUAGUCAGAGGAAACAGAUGAAAGCACUGUUUGGUGGUGCCCUGCGUCGGAACACAGAGUCUGACAAAAACACCCUACACAAUAAGAGGACUGUUCACCGUGGAUGCCACACAGAAGAAACUGUGAAGUCAGAGAGUAGCUCCAUGUCAGACUCAACCUCCCAAGACAAUGAGGACUCCUCUCCCAGCGUGGCUCCAGAACACCGGUCCUUGUCCCACCCCCGGCUGGCCCCGGGCAGUCCUGACAGCAGGCUCUGCAGGAAACUCUCCCCUGUAGAAAUCUACUACGAGAUGAGGACCCGCCGCAACUCUGCCUCUAGCUCUGUCAGCCCAAGUCAUUCUCUCCCAAGAAGUGCAUCCAAUGUGGAGGGAAGGAGUGUUCCAGCUACACCUCUCCUGUCCCGGACAGCGCCAAUUAGCAUUCAUGUCAGGCCAGAGAUGUCUGGAGGCAUUGCACUGAAGCAGUGGUGUGGCAGUCCUGAUGUUCCUCAGUUUGUCCCUCUGGCAUCUUUAGAGGGUUCCUCCUCUGAGCGACGGAGCUGCCCUUACAGCUCCCGUGCGAGACGCAGUAACAGCUCAGAGGCGCUCCUGGACCGCUCCAACCUACCAGAGCCUGGGCCUCCGCGAAACGGCAUGCCACCCCGAGGGGGCCCGUAUAAGAGCUCAGAGACCCUGACAGAUGGUAAGCUCAGGCAAAUCUACCAAGGAAGCCCAGAGAGACAUCUCAAUGGCUCCAAAAACCAGGGCAGGAUGCGGUCCUCCGUGGGUGGGCGUGCAGGUGGUGGAGGCUACAACGAGAUUUUAAUGGACUACAUCUGGGGUAAACAACAAAAGAGGCCAACUCAGCUUCCACAGCACCAGUCCGUGGGGAGGAUUUGGCCGGACAUGUCCUCUCCAUCUUCGGCUGCUCCUCCUCACUACAACGGCCUGUCCCAUUCACAGGUGCAUCUGGCCGCAGCACCACCUCCUUAUAGUCCCAUGUUGCUGAGGGGACAGCAGGCUGAACCACGCCGGGUCAAAGUCACCAGGACAAAGUCAUGCGGGCCCUUCAUCCCUCUACAGCAACACCCUCAAGAUGCUAUUCUGCUCUCUGCUUACGAGGCUCCACAUGCCUCCUCUUGGUCUGCUGCCUCCUCCAUUCCUAACCUCCUGCCCCACCAGGCUGAGUUGCCUCCAGCAGCUGCUUUCAACCGCAGGCCUGCCCAGUUCUCUCUGCCCACCCCAGAAGACUCCACUCGUAAUCUGCACAAAGCCCUGGCACUGGAAGGCCUGCGAGACUGGUAUCUGAGAAAUGCCCUUGGCUACAACACCACCUCGAAGGGGCAUGACGGAGGUCCUGCUCGUCAUUCGCAUGCCCAACACCUGAUGCACCAGCCUCAGUCCGUUCCCGCCGAUCCAUUCUACUCACAUGGUCCACAGAUACCCCAGUCUGCCUCCUUUCACGGGCUCCCGCUUCACGGUCGGUCUGUUGAGCUUUCUCUCUACUCAGAGCCAUUCCCCUCCCAGAUGCAGGAGGCCACUCAGAAAGAGCCCAGUUCUGAUCCGCCUGCUCCAGGAACUCUGGUCUGA